UGCUUCUGAUCAAAAUUAAGGGGGUUUCCCCGUUUGACGGUUUGAAAAAAUCGAAUUUUUUUUGCAUUUUUUUAUAGUUUAUGAUCCUAAAAAUAUGUGUGCAAAGCCAUUUUACGAAAUUCGCAAAAUUGCCAAAGAUAUAGAGGUUCAAAAGUCCCGCCUCCCGUGCGGCUCGCCGGCUCAGAUUGCCGCGCAGGAGACCGAUGAGAUUCUAGUCAGGUAAGGCCGUACAUUACCGUCUGAAGGUCUUGUACCUGCCUUGGAGGAAGUCUUUGUCCAUAUUGAAAAGCGUCCAUAUUGAAAAUUUGAGGCAAACGACCGUUAGGAUCUCUCAUUCUGCUCUCGACAUCGAAGCGAAACACGUGUAUUUUCGGAGUGAAUAUGGAUAAAAAAGGACAACGUGGUGGUCACGGGCGCAGAUCAGUGGCAAAAAAACGGAAAUUUUUUUACAAUCAACAUACUGCUGAACAGGAGACAAGCUUUGCAAGUACAUCUGCAGAAAAAUUGAAGAAAUCAGGGAAUGCAGAAAUUCCUAUUCACAAAGAACACGGUUACUGCAUUUUAAAUUUCUUUACUGUUUUUUCUGCUAUAAGUGUUCUUGUUGUUUGUAAAAAAUGUGGAAAAGAUAUAUCGUUUUUGGAAACAAACAGUCGUGGUUUAGGCUUUAAAAUAGCCGUUCAGUGCAGUUGUGGUACUACAUAUAUUGAUUCCUGCCCUCAAAUUCAGCAUGCGUUUGAAAUUACUCGCAGAAUAGUAUUUGCCAUGCGACUUUUAGGCAUUGGCAAAAAUGGACUUGAUUUAUUUUGUGGAAUCAUGGAUAUUGGACAAGGACUCGCUUGGAAUACAUAUUAUUAUUGUCUUGAGAAUAUUUAUCAUGCGAGUCAAGCAGUUUUUAAUAUCGUGACGAAAACAGCUGUUGAGGAAGAAAAUACAAAGAAUAUAAAUAAAGGAAAUCCACCUUCAGAAUUAACUGUAUCUGGCGAUGGUACAUGGAAAAAACGUGGCUUUAGCUCGUUGUUUGGUGUCACGACGCUCAUUGGCAUUUACAGCAACAAAGUCAUAGAUGUAAUUAUAAAAUCGAGUUUUUGUAAGGCAUGCUCUACGUGGGAAAAAAAGAUCGGCACUCCGGAGUACGACAAUUGGAAAAGUAUUCAUGAGGAAGAAUGCACAUCUAAUCAUAAUGGUUCGGCAGGCAAGAUGGAGGUUGAUGCAGUAAAAGAAAUGUUUUCACGAUCGGAGGUCCAGUAUAAUGUUAAAUAUAUUACUUAUGUUGGAGAUGGCGACAGCAAGACUUUCAAAACUGUGUCAGAAGCAAUGGUGUACGGUGAAGAUCAUCCGGUAAAAAAAAAGAAAUGCGUCGGUCAUGUGCAAAAACGUAUGGGUACACGUUUACGCAAUGCGAAGAAAAAGUAUAAAGGCAUCGGCGGAAAAGGAUCAUGGAAAUUGACAGAUAAAGUAAUAAAUGAACUAACUACUUAUUAUGGCUUGGCAAUAAGGAGAAACCCGGAUUCAUUGGAAAAAAUGAAAGAAGCUAUAUGGGCCACCUAUGAUCAUAACAGAUCGACCGAUGCAAAUCCACACCACACGCGCUGCCCCGAAGGCGCUACUAGCUGGUGCGCUUGGCGUAAAGCGGAAGCUGAAGGACAACUUAGUACAUUCAAGCAUACUAAACCACCAUUAAGCGAUGAAGUGCUAAAAGUUAUUAAGCCUAUUUACGAAGAUCUAACAGCAGAUAAUUUAUUAGAGCGAUGCGUUGGAUGUUUUACACAAAACAACAACGAGAGUCUGAAUUCGCUAAUUUGGACAUUCGCUCCAAAGCAUAUGCACAGCGGCAAAAAAACUGUAGAAAUCGCCACUUAUUUAGCUGUGUGCAUCUUUAAUGAAGGUUUUAAUAGCAUAUUACACAUGCUGAAUGUGAUGGGAAUUAAAAUUGGAAUUAAAAUUGGAAACGUUUCAAAAACAUUCGCUGCAAUGAGAGACAACUGCCGCAUAUACCAUUCCGAGAAGAAGGCGUGGCAGGAGUCUAAAGAGGCUAGAAUUGCUCGCAGACAAGAACAAGCUGCUCAAAACGAUUAUUUUGAAGCUGAGGAAGGCAUAUUGUAUGGUCCUGGCAUAGCUGAUUAGUAAGUAACAAUGAAAAAUCAAUCAUUAUCUAAUCGUAAACUUUAAAAGCGUUUUUCUCGAAAUGACAUUUUUUAAGACGGGCGCAGUAAUUUCUCGGAAACUACUAGGCUAAUCGGGCACAAGUUUUGCACACUUGUUCAGUAUAUGACUGGCUAUGAUCGGUGCCUCUAACUUUGUUUUAAGCUGCAAAAAAAUAAUUUUUUCGGACCAGAAAAGGCUAAAAUUUUUCUGAAAAAACCGGAAUUUUUGUUUCAAGUGCCGCCAUUUUGUAAAUUUCAGUGUGUUUUUGAUAACCGUGGCACCGAUCAUAGCCACACAUUUAACAAUGAAAAUGAUCUUUGGUUUUUUAAUUUCAGACGACGGAGACAGCCGCUACAGGUGCGCCCGACUAAACAAAAUUUUUCAAAGAAGGCUUGCAUCGUCAGCUUUAACUGGGAUUUAUUAUUAAUAAAAACGUCUACAAAAAAUUUUUUUAUUACUUUAAAUAUACUUCAACACAUAUGUAAAACGCCACAUGUGUCAAGCUUCUAGUUACCUUUAUUUAAAUUCGUAAAAAUCGCGUUAAAAGUCGGUGUUCAAACGGGGAAACCCCCUUAAGCAGUUUUGGAACGAAUUUCGCUGACACACUUGUCAUACCCAAAACAUCCGUUAAAAUUGAUUGGCAUGAGCCAAACGAUAUGUUAAGAUCAUCAGCUAUUUCUCUAAGUGAUUCGAC